UCUCCACUUGUCUCCAUCCUCCUCCUCCAGCAGCAGCUGCCCUCCUCAGACAUGGAGAGCUGCUAGAAGCGCCGCUCCUCCUCUCUCCCCCGCUGGAUGCUGGAUCUACCAUGAGGUCUCCGCGGCUCUGGGCGGCCCUGUGCCUCCUUCUCACCGCCUCCUGCCGCCUGUGCGCGGCCGCCCGACACGGUUGUUUGUUUGAGAGGAAGCUGUGUCCCAGAGAUCAACUCUGCAGCGACGAUGGCCUGUUCGGACGCUGCCAGGCUCCCCGCCAGGAGCCCGUCCAGUACCGGGUCUCCGCGCCGGUCCUGCACAAGCUGCAGGAGGUGCUGAAGGACCUGAUGGUGCAGGGUCUGACGUGGAGGGACGACCUGACCCAGGCCAUCGUCGGCCGAGAGCUGAGCCGCCUUCCCACCGUCGCUCCCAAGCUGGAGGAGUCCCUCAGGCUGCUGGGUCCUGGUCCUCGGAGGGAUCCAGAAGGUCCGGUGGACCCUGAGAUGAUGCAGCAGUAUCUGGACUACAUGGUGCUGGACCCGUCCCGGUCCUCGGUCCACAUGCAGACGCCCCUGCUGGACCCGUACGCCUACCAAAAGCAGUUCGGCUACCAGGACCAGGAGGAACGCUCCCUCAACACCCUGGAGGACAACCCGACCUUCCACAAGGGGACGUCUUUGGACCGGGACCGGCAGCUCCUCCACGACCUGAUGUCCGUCUACCUCACGUCCUCACCUUCAGCCUCCUCUUCCUCACUGUCUCUGCCCCGCCACAGGGGGGCGGCAGCUGCCAGCUCCUCCUCCUCCUCCUCCGUGUUCCCUGAUCUGGACUUCCCUCUGGACUACAGUCAGGACUACAUCUCCCAGGAGCCCCAGCUGAGGACGCGGCCGGAGGCAGAGAAGCAGCAGGAGUAUGACGCCCUGUCAGGACUGGACGAGCGCUCUCUGCAGAGGCUGGCUCUUCUGCUCGACCACUACGGCCUGGACGUGAAGGACCUGUCCCCGGAGCAGACGGCCGGCGUGCCGGAGAAGCAGCAGCAGCUCGAUGCCUCCUACCUUCCUGAGCCCAGCGGAGAUAAAUAUGGCGAUGAUGCAGCAGCAAAGAAGAAGCUCACAGAGGCUUUAAUGGCGUACAAGGCGGUUUUCCAGGAGGCUCCGCCCCCCGCAGCCAAACCAGGUGGAGACCAGAAGGUGGCGACUGCGUCUGAGGCAGCCAAUCAGGACGGAGGUGGAACCAAGGAGCUUGGACAUAUCGUCACCAAUCAGAGCGUGGUUGGACCAACCGUCACCUUCAGAACCAGACCCGACUCCCAGAACCUGACGACUGCAGACAAAGCAGUUGCAGAGAAGAACUUCCUGGAGCCUGAGACGGCCUUAAAGGUUCUCCAGAGCGGCGCUGAACAGGUGAGCGAGGGCAAGUCGUCGCCCCUGGCAACCAGAGUCCAGCCCGGCUCCCGCUGGGUGUUCGCCACGCUGGUGUCCAUGGCGUGCGUCGGCGGCAUCCUGGUGGCGGCCAUGACGGUGGCCUGCCUGCGCCACCACGCCCACCGGCUGGCCGCCAAGAAGCUGGGCCUGGGGCCGGAGGAGGGCAGCUUCAGCCACCGGGAGUACCAGGACCUGUGUCGCCAGCACAUGGCCUCCAAGGGCGCCUUCGGCCGGCUGGAGGCCGCCGCCCUGGGCGCGGUGGGGGGGCCGAGCGGCGGCGGCGGUGGCGGCGCGGGGGCGGCCGGGCCGGGAGCGACGGCGGGGGCCGGCGGCGGGACGGACUCCAGGGUGAGCAGCGUGUCGUCCCAGUUCAGCGACGGGGCGCAGCCCAGCCCCAGCUCCCACAGCAGCACGCCGUCCUGGUGCGAGGAGCCGGCCCAGGCCAACAUGGACAUCUCAACGGGUCACAUGAUUCUGGCGUACAUGGAGGACCACCUGCGCAACAAGGACCGCCUGAUGAAGGAGUGGGAGGCCCUGUGCUCCUACCAGGCAGAACCCAGCUCUGCAUCCGCGGCUCAGAGCGACACCAACGGCAAGAAGAACCGCUGCCCCGACUCGGUGCCGUACGACCACUCCCGCGUGAAGCUGAAAGCGGACAGCAACCCCUCGCGCUCCGACUACAUCAACGCCAGCACCAUCAUCGAACACGACCCCAGGAUGCCGGCCUACAUCGCCACCCAGGGGCCCCUGUCCCACACCAUCUCUGACUUCUGGCAGAUGGUGUGGGAGAACGGCUGCACCGUGAUCGUGAUGCUGACGGCCCUGGUGGAGGACGGCGAGAAGCAGUGCGACCGCUACUGGCCCGACGAAGGCUCGUCCCUCUACCACAUCUACGAGGUGAACCUGGUGUCGGAGCACAUCUGGUGCAACGACUUCCUGGUGCGCAGCUUCUACCUGAAGAACGUCCAGACCCAGGAGACCCGCACGCUCACGCAGUUCCACUUCCUCAGCUGGCCGGCGCAGGGAAUCCCUACCUCCACCCGCCCCCUGCUGGACUUCCGCAGGAAGGUGAACAAAUGUUACCGAGGACGCUCCUGCCCCAUCAUCGUGCACUGCAGCGACGGCACCGGCCGGACCGGAACUUACAUCCUGAUCGACAUGGUUCUGAACCGCAUGGCUAAAGGUGUGAAGGAGAUCGACAUCGCCGCCACGCUGGAGCACGUCCGGGACCAGCGGCCCGGGAUGGUCCGCACCAAGGACCAGUUUGAGUUUGCGCUGACGGCGGUGGCCGAGGAGGUGAACGCCAUCCUGAAGGCGCUGCCCCAGUGACGUCACGACGACCCCCCCCCUCCUCCUCCUUGCGCUGAUGUCAUGGUGGGUGAUGCGUUCAGGGAGCGGUUCAAAACCGUGCAAGUGAACGCACCACGGGCUUCACGCUGACGCCUGCUUCUGAAUUUAACAAGACCUCAGAUGAAAGGAUUCAGUUUAUUUCCUGUAAUUAAAGCUUAAAAAAAAAGAGAAGAAACAGAAAUGUUUGGUCCUCCGUCUCUGUCGUCGUUUACCUCCAAGCAAGAUAAAAUAUAUAU